AUGUCACGCUUUCUACGACAAUCAGGCCAGCUGACGCGGCUCUUGAGAGUCUCACAGCAUGCCAGCCUGCACCGAGGCGUGCGCAUAUCCUCGCUUUCUCGAACCGCCGCCUACCCGAUCCAACGAAGCAGCUCCGCCCACCAGCUGCGAUGCUACAGCUCACAGCCUCCGCGACAAGACAACGACCAGCAGCCGAAAAAGGACGCCGAUGAACCAGAAGACGGGAACUCAAACAAGGAGAAUAAGCCAGACGCUCAGGCAGAUGGCGCCAAACCGGAGGGGUCCAAGUCUUUCCCCUUGCUCCCCGGCUGGAUCUACUUGACCAAAGACGAGAUCAAGCAAAUGCAAGUCUUCUACCAGGUCAUUCCUGAGACGCAAAGGGCGCAGCUGGACGAUAUUCUCAAGGGCAUUCAAGAAACCGGAGCCCCUGCCGAAAUAAGAGAUAUUCUCGCCAAGCUGAGACAAGGCCCGGGCAACUUGUCCAUUAUGGACAAGGGCCGCCUGAUGCGCUGCGUUUUUUCUAUGGCUGAGCGAUUGGCCGCUUGGGAGGUCGAACAGGAAAAGAAACAGAAUGGCACCUUUACGCAAAACAAGGUUGGCGAUACCCCAUCACCGCACGGCAACAACCAAGGCCAGAACCAAAAUCAAGGACGACCCGCCGAUGACAACAGCAAAACAAUCAACGUCCGAAUCAGCCUCAUGCAAACAGUUCUUCUCCUUGGCAUUAUUCUGUACUCGCUGGAUUCUUUCGGUGGCUCCAUGUCCCAGAAGCAAAUCACUUGGCAAGAGAUGCGCAAAGCAUUCCUCGACAAGGGUCUUGUUCAGAAGCUGGUUGUCGUCAAUGGUUCUCAGGUUCGCGUUGAACUACACCCAACAGCUGACCAAGGCGACGACAGGAGACAGUAUGUCUUCUCAAUUGGAUCUGUAGAGUCGUUCGAGAAGAAGCUGGAAGAGGCUCAGGAUCAGCUCGGCAUUCCCCAAAGUGAGCGCAUCCCUGUCAGCUACGAAACCGGUGGCAGCACGAUAGGCAAUAUUCUCCUGGCCUUUGGUCCUACCUUGCUGUUCAUCGGUCUGAUUCUCUACACCCAACGGUCCAUGGGAGGGGGGCGUGGUGGCGCUGGCGGCAUGUUCAACUUUGGCAAGAGCAAGGCCAAAAAGUUCAACGCUGAGAGCGCUGUCAAGGUCAAGUUUGCCGAUGUCGCCGGUCUCGAGGAGGCCAAGACGGAAAUCAUGGAGUUUGUCAGCUUCUUGAAGCAACCCGAGAAGUUUGAGAAGCUCGGUGCCAAGAUUCCUCGUGGCGCUAUUCUUGCUGGCCCCCCCGGUACUGGUAAGACACUGCUCGCCAAGGCUACUGCUGGAGAGUCAGGUGUGCCAUUCUUCAGUGUCAGCGGUUCCGAAUUCGUCGAAAUGUUUGUCGGUGUUGGUCCUUCCCGUGUCCGCGACCUGUUCGCCGAGGGUCGCAAAAACGCGCCCUGCAUCAUCUUCAUCGAUGAAAUUGACGCCAUCGGCCGCGCGCGACAGGACAGCGGCAAGGGUUUUGGAGGCAACGACGAGCGUGAAGCUACUCUCAACCAGAUCUUGACGGAGAUGGACGGCUUCAACACACGAGAGCAGGUUGUUGUUCUUGCGGGUACCAACCGUGCUGAUGUUUUGGACAAGGCGCUGAUGCGUCCCGGUCGAUUCGACAGACACAUCUAUAUCGACAGACCUACCAUGAGUGGGCGUCAGGAAAUUUUCAGAGUUUACCUGAAGAAGAUUGUUACCAACGAAGACAUUGACCACCUGGUCGGACGUCUAUCCACACUCACUCCUGGUUUCUCUGGUGCCGAUAUCUCCAACGUUGUCAACGAAGCUGCCCUAAUUGCGGCCCGCGCCAACGCCGACGAGGUUAAGAUGGUGCACUUUGAGCGCGCCAUUGAGCGCGUCAUUGGCGGUCUUGAGCGCAAGUCUCUGGUGCUCAAGCCUGAAGAGAAGAAGACUGUUGCUUACCACGAGGCCGGCCACGCCAUUUGCGGCUGGUUCCUUGAACAUGCUGACCCACUGCUCAAAGUUUCCAUUAUCCCUCGUGGUCAGGGCGCUUUGGGCUACGCCCAGUACCUGCCUCAGGAUGCCUACCUGAUGAGCACGAAUCAGCUCAUGGACCGCAUGGCCAUGACCAUGGGUGGACGUGUCUCGGAGGAGCUACACUUUACCACCGUCACGACCGGAGCCAGCGACGACUUCAAGAAGGUCAGCCAGAUGGCGCGUAGCAUGGUGACCCAGUGGGGCAUGUCCGAUCUUGUCGGUCCGGUUCACUUUGACAACGACCCCAACCGGAUGCACAAGCCUUUUGCCGAAUCCACGGCGCAACAGAUCGACCAGGAAGUGCACAGGAUAGUUGACGAGGCUUACAAGCGAUGCAAGGCGCUGUUGACGGAGAGGAAGAAGGAAGUCGGCCUCAUUGCGGAGGAGCUCCUCAAGAAGGAGGCGCUGGUACGUGAUGACAUGGUGCGAAUCCUGGGCAAGCGUCCGUUUGAAGACAACGAGGACUUUGAGAAGUACUUUGGCGGCAGCAAGGAGGAGAGCGCACCCCCGCCCUUCCCUAACGACGGCCAGGCGCCCGCGCCUGGCGACUCCCCACAACCCUCGCCAGCUUUCCACGAGCUGUCGAGAUCCGUGCAGAACAGACUAUAA